AUGUCAAAAGAAUCAAUUCCAUGGGUGGAGAAGUAUCGUCCGCAAAAAUUAUCGGAAAUUGUCGGGAAUGAGGAGAUCAUACAAUCGCUGGGAUUCUUUGUCGAGAAAGGAAAUCCUCCUCACUUCAUUUUAACGGGACCACCAGGAUGCGGGAAAACUACAGCCAUCUGGGCUAUGGCAAAAGAAUCAUUGGGGGAACAUGUGAAGAAUGCUGUCUUGGAGCUUAAUGCUUCUGAUGAUAGAGGAAUUGAUGUUGUUCGCAACAAAAUCAAGACGUUUUGUCAAACCAAAGUGACACUUCCUGCAAAGCGUCAGAAAAUAAUCAUUUUGGAUGAAGCCGAUUCUAUGACCGAAGGCGCUCAGCAGGCUUUGCGGCGUACGAUGGAGAACUAUAGUGAGACAACUCGGUUUGCCCUCGCUUGCAAUCAAUCAGAUAAAAUAAUUGGUAAGUUCGAAGCACCCACGUUGCUUAGAUAG